AUGCCCUCUCUCCAAGACAGCAAGCUCGCCUUCAUCGGCGGUGGCAACAUGGCCUCCGCCAUCAUCGGCGGCCUCGUCACCAAGGGCGUUAACAAGCAGAACAUCACCGUCUCCGAGCCAUGGGACGUCAACCGGGAGAAGCUUGCCGCCGUCGGCGUGAAGACCACCACCGACAACACCGAGGCCGGUGCGAAUGCCGACCUCGUCAUCAUCGCCGUCAAGCCCCAGGUUACCAAGGGUGUCUGCGAAGAGCUGGGCGCUUCCUGGUCGAAGCGCGCAUCUUUACCCGUUGUCGUCAGUAUUGCCGCCGGUAUCACACUCAGCAGCUUGCAAGAGUGGUCGCGGACCGCCGACGGACGUACCCCGCACGUUGUUCGCGUCAUGCCCAACACCCCCGCGCUUGUCGGCGAGGGUGCGUCCGGCGCUUACGCCAGCACUGAUGUUAGCUCUGAGGAGAAGGAGCUUGUGAACGCGCUGCUGAGCAGUGUCAGCAAGGCCACUGAGUGGGUUGAGAAGGAGGAGCUUCUGGAUGUCGUGACUGGUCUUUCUGGAUCUGGACCAGCCUACUUUUUCGCUAUGGUGGAGCACCUCAUCGCUAGCGCAACCGCUUUGGGCUUGCCUCAAGAACAGGCCACUCGCUUGGCUACUCAGACUUGCCUUGGUGCUGGAAAGAUGCUUGUUGAGUCUUCUGAUGAGCCUGGUCAGCUGCGCAAGAAUGUUACCAGCCCCAACGGAACUACAUAUGCUGCUUUGCAGUCCUUUGAGGCUCAGGGCUUCAAGGAGAUUGUUGAUAAGGCUGUCCAGGCGGCUACUUCGCGGUCUGCGGAGCUGGGAAAGAACUAG